AUGAAUAUUGGGCUGGAAACUUUAAAAAAAUCAUACCUUAGACUAAUCCGUUCCGCUGUCAAAUUCAAAGACGACAACUACAAGGACUACUUCAUAAACAAAUCUAGACGUAUGUAUAGAGAUGCAAUUAGAAAUAACACAAACUUAGAGGACUUGCUAUUGAAUUCAUCACAACUAGAAGGAGUGCUGUUACGCCAGGCAACUAUUUUUAAUCAGUAUAACGACUGUGAAAUUAAAAUUGACAAAAAUUAA